CAAUGCAUUCCAUCGCAAAACACAAAUGGCUUCAAUCACUUGGGUCCAUCUCCUACUAGCUUCUUGCCUCUUAUCUUCUCUGUUUAGUUCCAAUGCACAACCUCCAGCAGCUUCACCGUCCUCCUCCUCCACCACCACAGCUCCUCCUCCAACCACCACAGCUCCUCCUCCCACCACCACCACCACUCCACCACCGGUUACAGCUCCUCCUCCAACCACCACAUCUCCUCCCACCACAACUCCACCAUCUACACCACCGGUUGCAGCUACUCCUCCUACAUCACCACCGGCUCCAAAAGUAGCACCCAUAAGCAGCCCCGCCGGUCCACCACCACAGAACCCUCCUCCAGUUUCAGCUCCAUCACAGCCACCGCAACCACCACCGGUAUCACCACCUCCUGCCCCUACUUCACCUCCUCCUCCGACUUCACCACCUCCUGCUCCUGCCUCGCCUCCACCUGCCCCUGCUUCGCCUCCUCCUGCUCCGACUUCACCGCCUCCAGCAGAGGUGCCUGCACCAAUAGGCCUGCCACCAGCUACAGCGCCAGCACCUGCACCGGCCAAGCACAAGAAGAGAAAGCAUAAACACAAAAGGCAUCACCAUGCCCCGGCUCCUGCGCCAACUCCUCCCAGCCCUCCAUCCCCUCCGGUUCUUACAGAUACACAGGACACAGCUCCAGCACCAGUUCCAUCUCAGGAUCAGAAUGGAGGAUAUUCCCUGCAGCAGUUGGGAGGAAGAGUUGGAAUGCUGAUAAAUACAGGGAUUGGAGUUCUCAUUCUGCUCGCAAUGACGGGUUAAGCUUUCUAGAUAUCUACAUAUCAUCCGCGUGAAUGAACUUCAAAUAUCAUCACAUUUUUCCCAUAUGUAUACCCAUUAUACAAAUUCAAAUAAUAUCAUUCUUUGAAUUGUUCUGAAA